CGUGGCCUGGAGUGGCGCUGGAGUCCGAGCGGCCGCCGCGGGCGGGGCGGGGCCCGGCAAGUUUGUUUCCCGAGUUCCGAGCCCAGGAGCCCCCGCGGCUGCCGCGCAGGUGCUCUUCGCCGGGGUCGGGAUGGAGCUGCCUACCGUGAACCUGAAGACCAUCCUGCUGGUUCACUGGCUGCUGACGACCUGGGGCUGUAUCACGUUCUCGGGCCCCUAUCCCUGGGCCAACUUCACCAUCCUGGCCGUGGGCGUGUGGGCUGUCGCUCAGCGGGACUCCAUCGACGCCAUAAGUCUGUUUCUCGGUGGCUUGGCGGCCACCAUCUUCCUGGACAUCGUCCACAUCAGCGUCUUCUACCGGCAGGCCGGCUUCACGGACACCGAGCGCUUUGGCGCCGGCAUGGCUAUCCUCAGCCUGCUCCUCAAGCCCUCGUCCUGCUGCCUCGUCUACCGCAUGUACCAGGAGCGCGGGGGUGAGCUCCUGCUCCACGUUGGUGAGGCCACCACCUCCGGCCAGCUCCCUCCCUGCCCUCUCACCGGCCAAGGUUUCCUUGGACGGUCACAGGAGCGCAGUGACUACCAGACAAUUGACUCACCGGAGGCACCCACAGACCCCUUUGUAGGCUCAGAGGGCAGGGGUCACUCCCCCCAAGGGUACUGAGGCCAGUCCGCUUUGGCCCCAUCGCAGGAGCCGGUGGAGCAGACCCCAGAGACGGCCCAGGCUGCAUCGUCCUCUUUGUGCUUUGUGGCAUUCCGGAGAUGUUCCUGACCCCCGGGCCCUUUCUUGGACUGUGUUCUCCUGUUCCCCAUCUUCCCCAGUCAAGUGCCCUAAGUGGCCAGGAGCCCUGUGCACACCUGUCUCAGACUCCCUGAGGCCUCCUCUCCCUUCAAGGUACCCCAGGGGUCUGAGGCUGAGGCAACCGCGGUCUCUUUCCUCACCUCCCUCAGCGGCUACGUGCAGCCCCCGUCCAACCGUGCCUGAGCCAGGCCUUGCCCACAGAAGCUCUGAGAGCUUUGGGUCAUGCUCAGCCCUGGGAGCAGUCCAGCAUGGGAGUGAGGUCCCUGUGCUUCUCACUGCCUGGUAACUUGGUGCUUGGGGACCUUGGGGCCGGAGGCAGGGGGUGUCUGCAGCGCCUGAGGCCCACCAUGGCUCCCGGCUGCCAUUCCCACAGCCGUUUGGAAAUCUGUAGCUGAGUGUGUUUUCAGCCAUGGUUCAUCUCCCAGCCAGGCUGGGGCCUGGGCCUGCCAUUCCUGAGAAGAUUUCUCCUUUGAAUCGGCAGGGAACCUGGGCUAAGCCGCCCAUUCUGUUGUGGGAGGAGGAAGCAGGGGCUACCCACUCAGCUUUGGUCUAGCCAAGGCCCCAGCAGAGGAGGGCUCUGUUUGGUGUGGCCAGUGGGCAUCCAUGUCUCUGAAUCAGAUGACUUGGGUAUUGGUUUGUGUCCCUGUCUGCCACUUUCUGGCUGUGUGCCUUUGAGCAACUUCACGUCUCUGACCUCAGGGUCUUCUGGAAAACAGCUAAUGCCUGCCCUGGGGGUGAUGAUACAAAGUGAGCGGUGCCUGGCCCUCGGAAAGCUCCCUGAGCCACAGCAAAGUUGGUGGGUUGCUCCUUGAUCCUGCGAUGAUGUGGAAUCACUAGGCAAGGGACGACCUCUUCCUGGCAGACCCCGUGUCUUGGUGUCCGGGCUGACAGGGACCAACACCCAUCCAGAAGCCCCAAGUGUCCCAUGGCCAGGGUCCUCACCUACAUCGAUAGGACUGAGGGUUGGUCUCUGGGCCCAACAGGCCUGGGCUCUCCCAGGCCAUCCCAGCUUGUCCCCGGCACAAAGAGAUCAAGGCCUUGUGGACAACCUCACCGUCCUGUAUCCAUCCUUCCAAUGGGGCCUGGUACGUGUUGCUGCGGAGCAAGGGCUGCAGCCUGCUCUCAGGGAACAGACGUUAAGAGUCCUCUGUCAGAAGGCACGAGCUCUGAAAGGAACCUCUGGGAAGGGACCUGUGCUCUGAACCAUGCCGAGUGGCGGCAGGUGCAGAAAAGCUGGGAACAGCUUCACCGUCAGAAGGGGACGAAUAGAUCAUCUGUGGUACAUUCAUCGUAUGGAUGUGGUUCACCAGUUCACGGGAAUAAACCAGACCUAUUUCUGUUGUCAUGGGUCCCCCUAUUGUGAGCAAAACAGAUUGCAAGAUGGCAUGAAUUUAAAAACCUCCAAGCAAUACUA